AGGUAUGAUGACGAAGCAAACGGAGGCUAAUUAAUGGGCGCGGUUAUCCCGCGGUCCCUCUCCUAUUCCUACGACGACGACGCCCCCGACCUCGGUGUGGUGCGUGGUAGCACGACGAUCGCCAUUGCCGCCGCCUGUGCCAUCUGGCGCGCGCGCGGCGAGACAAUGACCUCCUCAGUAUCCCCAGCCGCGGCCGCCUCCCAGCCCCAACUGCAUAUUACCACCACCGGUACGAGCACCGGGUCCACUGCAAUCAUAUCGCCCUCCUCAAACCAAAGCACCAGCAACGCGCGUUCCUCCUCCCCGCAUUCCACGAGCAGCCCCCCUCGCGGACCCAGCACCACCGGAGGCACAGGCAGCGGCGGCGGAAGCGGAAGCGGGUGCACGAACCAGGCGUGCGCGGCGUGCAAGUACCAACGGCGCAAGUGCAACACGGACUGCCCACUCGCGCCCUACUUCCCUGCGGAUCAGCAGGAGCGCUUCCUCAACUCGCACCGUCUCUUCGGCGUCCGAAAGAUCCUUAAGACGCUGGAGAACACCAGUCCGGAGCUCUCCGCCAACGCUAUGGCCACUCUGAUUUUCCAGUCGGACAUGCGCGCACAGGACCCCGUCGGCGGCUGCUACCACCUCAUCCUCAGCCUCGAGCGCCAGCUCCAGAUUGAGAUGGCCGAGCACUCCGCCAUGGUCCAAAGACUGGCGCUCUUCCGCCAGGCUGCUACCACGAUGCCACCGGAUCAAGGCGGCGGCACGGUUGGCCUCGACUACACCGCGUCAUCCAAGCAGCCGCUCUUCCACAACGCUCAGCAAGAGGUGGUUUACGCACUCUACAAGAACAACCACGGUGGAGGCCACGGCCCCAACAAGGAUGAUCACGGCGGGCAACAACACCAGGUCUUUGACUAUUACAUAAACCUCGACAACAUGCAACAGUUCCAUUUUAAUGAUAGCUGUGCCGCCGUCGACAAAGUGGAUCUGACUCCGGCGGGGGCUGACGAAAUGAGACAUCAUCAGCACUUCGACGAGAACUGCCAGAUUGACCACAAGGAUUAUUUCGAGAUUAAAGCGGCCGCACUCGUCGACGACGCGUUUGACAUGCGACAGGAGGUGGUGGACGUGUGCGCCGAGGUUGACAUGGACACCAAGACGGUGGAUGUGAAUGCCGGCAUCGGCGGCGUCGAUAUCAAGGCGAUGGGCAUGAACGCCAACGUCGAUGUCAAUGUCUCCACACCACAAAUGGCAGCUGAGUCAUCGCACUGCAGACUAGGGCUAGGCUUUUCAUCGUUCUGAUAAUAGAGAUAUUAGAGGUUUUUUUGGUCCACCGAAAGAUCCACCAGACUCGUUUUUAAGAAUUAUAAGCACAAAAAGACUAUAUAUAAAUCAGGCUAGAAUUUUAACGACAGUUUGUACUAAUAAUAUAAAUAGCUUAAGCUUAUGGAAAUUUCAUAAUGUAAUUAUCUUGCAGGGUAAGGAUUAAUAAUGGAUCAUGAUCUUUGUAUCUUAUCAUGAUUAGAGGUGACACUGUGCUCUAAAUUUUACAUUAUAAGAUUUAAGAAUCAGAUCGAAUUA